CUACAUUAUUAAUGCUCAAUUGUUUUAUUGUCUGUACUUUAGUACUGCACUAUGCAUUUCUUCAUCUUUACCCUGACAAAUCCCCUUGGACGUUAAAAAGUAGCAAAAAUGUAUUUCCCCUUCUCGUGAAAUGUAAGAUGCACGUGUGCUGAGUUCUGACUUUUCGUCGGCGACAAGUGAAAGAAGAUGGCUUUUAAAAUGCUUUUGAAGCUUGGCGGCUUAGAAGUUAGAUGAAAAAGUAAAUUUCUAUUUUCCGUGCAUUAUCAUCUUGUCGUAUAAAUGAGGAAAACGUCAUGGUGGUUAUGAAAACUCAUUUGGAGAAUAGAUCCUCCAUUUGCCUUCGCAAAUACAGGAUAUUUUUUGUGUUUGGUUUAGUGCUACUUUGUACCCAAGUCUAUCUAGCAUACACCUUUCUUGCACUGGAAAAUGAAAAUCAAGAAAAGAUAGGAAAACCGUUGAUAAGUGGGAAUGAUAUUUCGCAAGACGAAGAGGACGAAGGAUUACCAAAAGGAACCCGCCAACUGAAAUUACCACCUGACAAGCAAGGCGGUCUUAACAAGCCUUUAAAUCAUAAUCGUACUACUAGAAUAAAACUCGAUUGCAAAUCUCUCAGUUUUGUACCUGUGUGCGAAGUCACUGGUAGAGAAGCAGUUAGUGCCAUUACUAGAGCACAAAGUCAAAUGUGUAAGGAGCGCAUUGUCAAUGUGACGUGCCUUAGUCAGCAAAAUUUGCUAUAUCCUAUAAGGUUACAGUCUUCCUGCCCACAUUCGCUGGGCUUUGUUGGCAUACCUAAAAGCUUGGGAUGCUUCAAAGACGAUAAGAUAUCUAGGUUGCUACCAAAUUAUUAUACUGUUUUUAAGACUUACAAUUCGCCGGCACAUUGCGCUUACAUGUGUCUACAGUCUGGUUUUCCUUACGCUGGCGUUGAAUAUUCGCUGGAAUGCUUUUGCGGUAAAGAGGAGCCCUCGAAGGCAAACCAACUGCCGGAUUCAAGCUGCAAUAUGCAAUGUCCUGGAGAUUCGAAACAAUCUUGCGGUGGAUACUUGGCUAUGAACGUUUUCUCAACGGGCAUACAAAGAUUUAAGCCGCAGGAAGCAAGGAAUUCCAGUUUAAAAAGUGCCGACAAAACACCAGUUAAAAUUGCAUAUCUGUUGACCGUUAAUGGCAGAGCUGUUCGACAAGUGAAACGCCUCAUUAAUAUUCUUUAUGAUUCGUCGCAUUUAUUCUACAUACACGUUGAUGCGCGGCAAGAUUACAUGUACAGGGAGCUGCUGAAGGUCGAGAAAAAUUGUAAAAUGAAGAAUAUAAUAGUGGCCAAGGGUCCGGAGCUGCGUCAUGCGAGUAUCUGGGGCGGUGCGAGUCUCCUUACGACUUUCCUCACUUCGGCUCGCCACAUGCUCCUCCAUUCCAAGAGCUGGGAUUUCUUGAUUAAUUUGUCGGAGUCGGACUACCCGAUCAAGACGAACGCGCGCCUCGUCGAGUUCCUUACGUGGAACAGAAAUAUGAAUUUCGUUAAAUCUCACGGGCGGGAGGUUCAACGAUUUCUCACUAAGCAGGGCCUGGACAAGACGUUCGUGGAGUGCGAGGCUCGCAUGUGGCGCGUUGGCGAGCGGAAACUACCAUACGGCAUACAAAUUGACGGGGGUAGCGACUGGGUAGCGCUGUCCCGCGAGUUUGUCGAGUACGUCGCCAACCCGGAGCCGGACGACCUCGUCGCUGGCCUCCUGCGGGUCUUCCGCUACACGCUCCUGCCCGCCGAGUCCUUCUUCCAUACGGCGCUACGCAACUCGCGCUUCUGCCCGACCUACGUCGACAACAAUCUCCACGUGACCAACUGGAAGCGCAAGCUCGGCUGCAAGUGCCAGUACAAAGCCGUGGUCGACUGGUGCGGUUGUAGCCCCAACGACUUCAAGCUCGAGGAUCUCAACAGAAUUAUGAACACGGCCGACAGGAACCUCUUCUUCGCGAGGAAGUUCGAGCCCGUGAUCGACCAGAGGAUCAUCGACCGGCUGGAUCAGUGGCUGUACCCGGAGAGAAUGAACACCAGCGUCAAACUGACGACCAUUACCAAGGGCUACGACGCAUACUGGCAGAGUCUCUACCACCACGAGGAUACGAGUCCCCUUGCCGACGAUGCCCUCCUCACUAUAUCCAACUCCUUGGCGCGUCUCGCUUAUAGGCGCCUCGGCGACCUUGGUAACGCGGACGACAAGAGCGUGCACCUCCUCGAGAUCACGGCCUACUUCAAGGAGAACCACUUUGCUGGCGUUCUUGUGCGAGCGAGCUCCGAUCGAUUUGCCCUGGAGUCAUCGACGCUUAUGACAGAGUUACCCGAGCAAUUGGAGGCAUUGGUUUACUCGAGGCGGAACCUAUCGAUGAGCAAAUCCUGGCUGGGGAAAAUCGUGAGCUUGACGGUGAAUACGGAAUACGAUCAAAAGGAGCAGAUGUUCAGGAACUUUUUGGGAGGUAUUGGGCCCCUCUCCAGUCCAGUCUUUGCCUAUGAGUUCGAUGCAAAUGUCAUAGCGCCAUUGAAUCUCACGAUCUUAUGGCUUGAUCCGGUUAAUCGACUGGCCGAGGUUAAUCAAUUGCGAAUCGAGGAAUCGAAUUUGAUUGGACACGUGAAGCCACAGCUGAGCGAGCCCCUGGCCAUUGGGGUCUGGCGCCUCUUCCUCGUCCUUGAUUCCAAGGUCGUUGCCAAGUUACGCUUUCUCGUUGUGCCGCUGACGCAUUGGAAAAAUCGGCCAAUUAGCUUGGAGAAGGCACGCGAGCUAAAUCGCGACUCCACGACUGGAUACUACUUAACCAAGGAUACGGUCAAUCUCUGGCUCAAGUUCCUCAAAGCCCACCUGACGCUAAGGCAGCUCAGUCGCGCCAGCUCAGUGACUCUAGUGGGCUGGCAGCUGGAGCAGUGGGUGGAUAGCCUCGUGAACGAGUUCUACGAGAUUGUGAGGAUAUGCGACGCGGGUAAAGAGAGAACGCGAAAGCCAAGGACGAUGCAGCGCUGCGAGGCCUCCGAUUGGAGUUCACUCGGGCCCGAUCCCAAGUCCAACAUCGAUGGCUUACAUUGACUGCCGGUCGUGAUACCUGAUACUUCAUGAGCCAAUUGGGAGCCCAACGAAAGCCCAAUAAUGAACUUCUCGAGCGCGAUCGCGGAGGUAUUGACGGAGGUGCGUGGAGAACUAGCCGUUAGACGAUUAUUAUUAUUGCUUGGAUUGUCAAAUCGUUAACUGACACUUGUUAUGUAAGGAGAGAUAUUAUUAGGUUGCAAUUCACACCUUCGUUUAUAAUUUUUGUAUCGUUUAAGAAUUUGGAUACGUAAAUACAGUGGGCCAUAUAAGACUUUUGGGUAAUAAUGCCAUUGGAGGGACUUUCAUUAUUGCUGAUAAUUGAGAUAGGAGAUUAGAAAUAGAGACGCGACGAAAGUUUAGCUUGUGCAUUUAAAAUAUUUUAUUGAAACUUGUUUAAUGCCAUAAAGUCGUGGUGGUUCGAUAUUUAGAGGUAUGAACAAAGCAUCGAACCUUAUAAAGAUUAUUCUUUUGCGCCAUACAAAAUUUCUCCCCAAUUCCCAAUUAGAAACGACUUGAUAUAACUUUCUAUUAAAUUAUUUAUGAAAGAAAUUCGAUUUUUCGAAAAAGAAUAUCAAUGAGUUUAUUCUACAUAGACUAUCAAA